AUGGAUUCGAAUGAGCUGGAGACGAAUGUGACAGUCGUUCAUGACGAGGCUACUGGGUCUGUUCCGUCAGAGGAAGGAGCAGAAGGUCCGAUCCAAGACGAUGAACCCGACGAUGAAGAUCCAAGAGAGCGAGACACGUUUGACAUCGAGAAAGCCGUAGUGGAGUUUAUAGACGAACCAUCGAUCGUUCAUGAUGAGUAUCCGGACAGUUCAAGUGAUGAAGAUGAUGAAGCUCGUCGAGUGAGAAAGCGGAACAACAUCAGAAAAGUCGAUGGGACUUUGUACUAUCACCAAAUAUUCUUCAACGCCAUUGCAUUUAAGGAAGCUGUACUCGGCCAUGCUCUGAAGACUGGAUGCAACAUCGCACAGUACAUGUAUGAUAAAACCAAGAUUGGAUUUAGAUGUGCUGGAGAUGGAUGUAUUUGGCGCAUAUAUUGUGCAAUCACUAAGAAAUGUAGGAGGUGGAGGGUGAAUAAGUACAUUGAUAAGCAUACAUGUAAUCCGAAUGGAGAUUGUGAGAUGUUGAAGAUAGAACAAACCAUUAAAGCGAAAUGGAAGAUCACUGUAUCCAGGCCUCAAUGUCAAGCUGCAAGGAAUAAAGCUUUGAGAUGGAUUGAGAAAGAGUAUGAUGAGCAGUUUGCAAUGCUCCAAGAUUACGCGUCUGAGAUACGAGAAUCAAACCAAGAUUCAACUGUUGAAGUUGACACUGUGACUAACGAUGCAGGAGAAGAGGUAUUCAACAGUUUCUAUGUCUGCUUUGAUGUGCUCAAGAGAACAUGGAAAGAUUCUUGUAGGCCACUAAUAGGUUUAGAUGGAACCUUUAUAAAAGGUAAAGUUAAAGGUCAGUUGUUGGUUGCUUUAGGUAGAGAUUCAGAUAAUGCUAUCUACCCAAUAGCAUGGGGGUGUGUACAAGUAGAAAACAUAGUAAAUUGGUUGUGGUUUGUGAGGAAGAUUAAGGCUGAUUUGGGACUAAUGGAUGGUGAUGGUUAUAUCAUAGUCUCUGAUCGCCAAAAGGGACUUAUCCGAGCUGUUGAGUUAGAGCUACCAAAAGUUGAGCAUAGAAUGUGUGUCCGACACAUUUAUGGCAACUUGAAGAGAAACCAUGGGAAAGAUAAAGAGAUGAAGAAGUAUGUCUGGGAUAUUGCAUGGAGCUACAAUGAGAAGGAUUUUGAAGCAAACAUGAUCAAGCUUAAAAACUACAGUGAGAUUGUCUGGCGUGAUGUUGUAAAGUCGAAACCAAGAAAUUGGUGCAGGGCGUUCUACAAGCAAGGAAACUUCUGUGAAGAUGUUGAGAAUAACUCAGUCGAGUCAUUCAACAACUCCAUUUUGAAAGCCAGGAACAAAGCAUUUGUGCCAAUGCUUGAGACCAUAAGGAGACUUGCGAUGGUCAGGAUUGCCAGGAGAUCUGCCGAGUCUCAUGAUCACAAUGGGAGAUGCACGCCAUAUGUGUCUAAGUUCCUUGCCAAAGAAUUUGAAAAAGCUUCCGAAUGUCAUAUUAGAAGGAGCACAAACGAUAGUUACGAAGCUACACUUAGUGGAAUUUCUCAUCGGGUAAGCUUGACUGAGAAGACUUGCACUUGUCAAAAAUGGAAAAUCUGUGGCAUUCCUUGUGAGCAUGCUUAUGGAGUCAUUAUUGAUAGGAAGUUUGAGGUUGAAGACUAUGUGUGUUUCUGGUUUCGGACACCUAUGUGGAGGAGGAACUACACAGAAGGCCUUGUUCCACAAAGAGGACCUGCUUAUUGGCCAUCUACUAACUUCCCUAAUGUGCAUAGACUACCAUCACCCCCGCAGCCUAGGAGGAAGAAAGGAAAGGAGAAUAAGAAGGACAAAAAGAGGAAAAAAAGACCAAAUGAGUCUCCUUCGAAAAAAACACCUAAAAAGUUGAAAAGGAUAAUGCAUUGUGGUAUGUGUGGUGAAGCUGGUCACAAUUCUAGGUUUCACUCGAAGAAGAAGUCUUCUAAACAG